ACUCGAGAGGAACGUAAACUCGAAGCUAUUAUGAGAGCUUUUGAACAAAUGGAGAAGUCUGAAAAGAAAAAACAGCAGGCACGGGAAAAAAUAUCUCAACAAAAAGUACAGAAACAUCAAACAGGUCAUGAUGGUGUCCAGCUGGUAGAAGAAGAAAAACUCCAGAAGAGUGAAGAGGAUGGAAAUACUUUAGAGGGGGAAAGUACCAAGAAGACCCAGUUGAAUGGAGACUUGAUGUCUAGUGAAGAAGGAAAACUGCCAAGUCAAAGCCAAUCUUCUCAACACACACCAUAUCAUAAAAGAGGAAAAAAACGCAGAGCUUCAGGAUCAGCAAGCAGAAGAAGAACACGUACUAACAGUGGAAGUUCAGAGAUACUGUCUCCUGAUGAAGGAUCCUUGGAUCACUUUCAAAGUUCUGCAUCUAUGCAACAAUUGGCAUUUGAUUUAGCUGGAAGUGAUAGGAGAGAAGGGUUUAUUUUUCCGAAGUCCAAGCGG